UGGCUCAGAUUCCAGAGAUAAGCCCAAGCUUUACCGCCUUCAGUUGAGUGUCACUGAGGUUGGGACAGAAAAGUUCGAUGAGAACUCCAUCCAGCUGUUUGGAUCAGGAAUUCAGCCCCAUCACUGUGACCUCACAAACAUGGAUGGAGUUGUCACUGUCACGCCGAGAAGCAUGGAGGCUGAGACUUACGUGGAGGGACUGCGCAUCUCAGAGACAACCAUGCUGCAGAGUGGGAUGAAAGUGCAGUUUGGGACGUCACACGUGUUCAAGUUUGUGGACCCGAGCCAGGACCACGCUCUGGCAAAGAGAUCUGUGGAUGCAGGCCUGACCGCCAAGGGUCCCAGACACAAGCCUGGAAUUGUUCAAGAGACAACUUUUGAUUUAGGAGGAGAUGUUCAUAGUGGAACAGCGUUACCAACAAGCAAGAGCACCACGAGGCUGGACAGCGACAGGGUGCUGCCCGCCUCCAGCACGGCGGAGCGCGGGAUGGUGAAGCCAAUGAUCAGAGGAGAACGGCAGCAGGACUACCGCAGGCAAGAAAACAGAACUCAGGAUGCUCCUGGGCCUGAACUGAUAUUGCCUGCAAGCAUUGAAUUCAGGGAAAGUUCUGAAGAUUCAUUUUUAUCUGCCAUUAUCAAUUAUACUAAUAGCUCUACAGUCCAUUUUAAGUUGUCACCUACAUAUGUAUUAUAUAUGGCAUGUCGGUAUGUAUUGUCCUGCCAGUACAGACCGGAUGUCAGUCCUACCGAGCGUACUCACAAAGUGAUUGCAAUAGUCAACAGGAUGGUGAGCAUGAUGGAGGGGGUGAUCCAGGAAGUAGACCAGGUUGAUCAGAAACAGAAGAAUAUUGCAGGGGCACUUGCCUUCUGGAUGGCCAAUGCAUCUGAGCUGCUCAACUUCAUUAAACAGGACCGAGAUCUUAGUCGAAUCACAUUGGAUGCCCAAGACGUUUUAGCACACUUGGUUCAAAUGGCGUUUAAAUACCUGGUUCAUUGUCUUCAAUCAGAACUGAAUAAUUAUAUGCCAGCCUUUCUGGAUGACCCUGAAGAGAACAGCCUACAAAGACCAAAAAUAGAUGAUGUUCUGCACACGCUCACGGGAGCCAUGUCUUUGCUGCGACGCUGCCGAGUCAACGCUGCCCUGACCAUCCAGCUCUUCUCCCAGCUCUUCCACUUCAUCAACAUGUGGCUCUUCAACAGAUUGGUGACCGAUCCCGAGUCGGGACUGUGCUCGCACUACUGGGGGGCGAUUAUCCGCCAGCAGCUGGGACACGUGGAAGCGUGGGCAGAGAAGCAGGGCUUGGAGCUGGCAGCUGAUUGUCACCUCAGCCGGAUAGUGCAGGCAACCACUUUGCUUACAAUGGAUAAAUAUGCACCUGAUGACAUUCCAAAUAUAAACAGUACCUGCUUUAAGUUAAAUUCACUGCAACUUCAAGCCUUAUUACAGAAUUACCACUGUGCACCCGAUGAGCCUUUUAUCCCCACGGACCUGAUCGAAAACGUGGUGGCCGUGGCUGAAAACACGGCUGAUGAGUUGGCGCGCAGUGAUGGGAGGGAGGUGCAGCUCGAAGAGGACCCCGAUCUGCAGCUGCCUUUUCUUUUGCCAGAAGACGGCUACUCUUGCGAUGUUGUCAGGAACAUUCCAAAUGGUUUACAAGAGUUUUUAGACCCUUUGUGCCAGAGAGGUGAGUCUCACCUACUGGACCUGGCGUCUGAACUAUGACCCG